AGUCUGUGCCGGGAGUGCGCCGGGAGAGGCGGUGGGGUGUCGUGGGGUGUGGUGCGGACAGUCAGAGAGCUGUGUUGGGUUGUGAGGAAGGGCGGUGGCGGAGGACUGGCCUGAGACAGAGUGGACAAGUCAGCGGCAGUGGACUGAGCCAGAGACGGUAGGGUCCAGCUCAGGCUGUGGACCUGAGUGGUGUGUGCGCGUGUUGAGUGGGGCUGUUAGGGACUGAGUCAAAGUCCUCUGAGUCGUUGCGAGUCGGACGCAAGCGUGAUGUCGUGGCUUCUUGGAGUGCGAUCCAAUUGCUAAGGGCUGACCAUCGCAUUGACCAAGGAACUUCAGGACUGGUCACGGCCUACACGGACCGUCACGGCUCUGCGCGGCGCGGCACAACGCCCUCAGUCUCACACAUCAACACCGGCCCCGGGCUGCAGCUUGAGCCGACCGUGCCGGGCCAACAGUGAAAGGUGCCGCUUCCGACGCCGGAAAUCGGGGCGACGACAAGUGGUGCUUCCUGAGCUGCCGACCGCCGAAAACAGCGCGCCCUGGCCACUUCCGGCGGUUUACCGGCCACGUCCGGCGCGGCCGAUUGCUGAGGUGUGAGUCGUGCUAGGUUUCUGUGCCGCGGUGCCGUCAGCGAUCGUUCACCACCUUCGAAAUGCUGAAGUGGCUCACACAGUACGCCAAUGGCAAGGUCGGAUACAAAGCACGGAAGCAGAAGUAUGAUGUGCACGGCAGACCAGACCCGUCCCCGGAAAAGGCGCUCUGGAUCGGUGGCGUCGAUGCGGAUCAUCUGGAAGAAAAGGCUCAUAGCGGUUCGCGAAAACAUGUUGUCAAAUUUGAUGCCAGAAUAGAUGAAGUGUCAUCACGACCACGUCACGUCAAUUCGCGGCGUCAUCCACCGGACAAGCCAUCUGUCGUCAGCCAGCCCCGCAGCGUCUCGGACGAUCGGUAUUUCCACGGUCAGGCCAGCCCACCGCGCCGUCCCGAGCUCAGCGAUCGGCAGCGACCACCGCACACUGCGACCUCUCCUCUCAGAGACUAUGCCACCGUGCCCGGUCAUGACCGUCGCAGCCGCGGUGGCCAAACCACCCACCGAGGUACUGUGUCUGGUGUUCGGAACACACCCGGCGCCGCAGAGGCGUCCUCAGUCACCCCAGCAGUGGCCGGCACCCCUGAUCACUCCCGGCUCUGGCCCGGUCAGCGCCGGCAUCUGGUCGUCGAAUACACCUCUGAUGAAUCUCCUGACCGUCAGAGUGCCGACCCGCGGCCACGGCGGCUCUCGCCUUCGGCAGAGUCGAGGGUUAUGGCCUCUGCGGGAGGCAUCGCUGACGAUGAGUUCUUCAUCAUCUGUCCACCGAGUGUGGGGACAACUGAGCGACGGAAACGUGAAGAGGAGCGGAAAAGAGUUGACGCCCAUGACAGAGACGAGAAACCAGACAGGGAAGAGGUGGCGGAAGGGGAGGCAAUACCAGACAAGGAUAUUUCACCCGAUCGAAACCGAGCCUGGAGCAGCACUCUACUGGAGAGGCUCAGGAGGCGACACGGGGCCCGCCCUGGUCGAACGCGUGACCUGCCAGAGCUGCCUGCGGCGGAGACAGCACCUGCAGGCCACACCGAGACACCAAGAGCCCCAACUGACACCACAGAUAUUCUUAGAUCGCGCCUGGAGCAGCAUCUCGCACGAUCGAGAGCGAGCCCGCCUCCGGCGCCUCCCAGACAUGACCGUGGAGAUAACGCAUUCAAGAAGAAAACCGACAGCUUUGACGAUGACAACAGACCGUCAACUCCAAACAAUGACUGCGAACCAAAGAGUAUCAUCCUGGAGGACAGCGGAGUGACACGAAUCAGUGUCACUCCUGCCGGCCGAAGUCGGAGUGAAGAAGGCGGCACGGCGGCCCCGGAGCGACCCGUUCGCUACCUGAGCGCUUCCCUCCCCCGGCCUCGACCGACGGCGGCCUCUCGUCCUAGCACCGACCACCGCUGGGUUCUGACACUGCCGGUUCGGUCACGAGCCUCCCCGCCACCGGAGGAGUCACGUAGCGCCAGCGAGGGCCGGAAAAGUGAGAGUGCAUGUCGUGACGAGCCAGCCGAGGGGUACAACGGGGACACGGCUGAUUACGUGAACGACGCGGGUGGAGUGACUCACGCUAGUGAUAAGAUUCAUGUUCGCUUUGUGAACCGAGUGACCCGAGAAGCGAUGAGGUCCAGAAGCUGGAGCGUCGGCCGACCGGGACAACAGGCGACGACUGACCCCGGGUCAGCCCGCGAAACCGAGGUCAGGUCAGGUCGGGAGCCGGGCUCGAGGGUCAGAAUGGGUCUGCCGGUCGGUGUCGGGCCACCAUCGACCAAAAUCGGAAGUCACGUGAUCACAAACGGCUCGCUACCCCGAAUGACAAGACAAAGCCGGACCGGCGAGACUGCUCGUGAGCCGGUGCGGACAAUGGCUGCGGCCCGAUCAGGCGCGCUACCGGCCGCCGCCGCCGCUCACGAGCCGGGCAGUGGGGGCGAGACAGCCCGCGCGCCGCGGCAAGGCAGUGCGCCGCAGCGCAGCUCCAGCUUCCGCCUUACCGCUCCCGACGAACCGACCGCCAAACGGGUGACGGUGGUACCGCGCCGGUCCCUCAGCGAGCCCCGCGGCCCGCUCGGACCCGAGACCAGUGUCGAUGACGACGAGGACGCUCCGUCGUCGGCAAGCUACGCGCACAUCGCGACCCUGCCGCGCACCGGGCGCCGUCGCCCGCGGCAGACGGUCGCCGCCACCCAGACCUCGCCCCGAGGCUCACCGGAGCCGCGAGACUCUAAACACGCUCCCGGCGAGACUCAGUCCCGUGAUGCAAAGGACUCUCGUAAUGUAAAAGAGUCACAUGAGUCUCGGGAGUCACGCUGCUCGCGUGAGCCCCGCUCGAUGAGUGAGAGACGUCCUGCCGGUGACUCAGUGGAGUCAAUUGACUCGUGUGGGAUGUCGGGAGGGCUGAAUCGACCACGGUCAGCCUCCGCGGACUCCGCACAGCUCGGAAGGAUCUGCCAGCAGGCGCUCUCCAGUCUGCAGCACGUAACCCUGUGGUCAGACGGCCUCACCGCCGCUUCGCCAGCCCCGCUCACAAACCAGGGAGUGUCGGCAUCAGCUCUGACGGCGGAGGGACGUGAACACCUGAUGUGGUGCACAGACGACGAGUUCGACCGGUCACUGGAGCAGCUAUCGCAGAGGGGUCUGCUGGAGCUGAUCCAGCUGCUGCAGGACGCCAUGCUGAUCGAGCAGCAGACGUUCGAUAGCCUGCAGCAGCAGCUCGAGUCAGCAGCGACGGCCUCAGCUCAGCGGCAGCGGCUCAGUGCUGCCCUCUGCACGUCCCAGGCGCGGCUCACACGGCUCUGCGGCCGCAGCAUGCGCUGCUUUACUCAGCAAGCGAUGCGGGCGCGGCAGCGGGUGACGGACCGCGCGGACGAGCCCGAGUCUGGCUCUCCGCCGGUUGACACCGCCGCCAUCUCCUCCAACUUCAAGCAGAACCUCACAUUCUUCCAGAAGGCGGCCCACAACCUGACCCGCUCUACGCCCCCGGCCCGCAGCCGUCCGACGCCGCGCCGCAGCUCCGUCGGCUCCGACGGCAGCUCCGGCAGCUCGGUGGCUUCCGCGGCCUCCGUCGGAGAUGACGACUUCGAGCCGGUGCUGUUCGUCAACGGACGACCCCGGUACGUGACGUCAGAGGCGGCGAGCGCGCCCAUUGGCGGAGCGCCCGUGUCGGCGGCCGGCGCCGCGGACGGCCCGGCAGUCGACGACGGCGCGCGGACAGCGGCGGAGCGGACCGACCGCGCUGCGCAGAAGGUGCGGAUCGGGGGCACGGCGGCAGAGCGGAUACGGGCCGGUGGAAAGAGCGCUGCGGAGAGAGCGGCCAGCAGCAGCCCGGCGCGCUCUGGACGGACGCAGCAGCCCACAGCUGCCCAGAGCUCGGUGAGUGAUACGUCAAGGGAGAGGAGCUACGACUCGCGCGAGAGAUCGUCCAGUGCGCCGGCGAAACGAGAGAAACCCUCAGCGAGCUCGCACUCCAGUGAGAGACUUUCUUCGACCACUCCCUCAAAGCGGGAACGUGCCGGCUCGAACGACUCCUCCUCCAUUGCGGAGAAGCCAUCAAGUCGCAGUUCGUCUAGACGAGACUCUGAACGGCAACUGAGCACAGACUCUGACCAACCCGCAAAUAACUCAGAGGUUCAGCCGCCGAGACGGAAGCCUUACAUCCGAUUCGGCUCAGUUGAAAACCAUCUAAGUCAUGACGACUUGACGUACUUCAAGCAGACGAUCGGCAUCCUCCCUGGCGGCGGUGGUAUCACACGCACUCAGAGCUGUCAGGAGGGUCUGGACUCUCCCGCUCGGCCCGCGCCCGUCUCGCGCACGCUCAGCUUCAGCUGUCUGGCGGAUGUGGGCGGCGAGCCGCGGUCACUGAGCGGCAGCAGGACCAGUCUUCGGCGAGCUCCUUCCGUUGAGGAGAUCCUCGAGUCGGUAAAAGCCCUUCGCGUGAAACGCCAGCAGGACGAGAUGGUGCGAAACUCAGAGCCGGAGGCUGAGUACCAGAACGUGGGUAUCAAGUCGUCGUCGCGUUCUGGCAAGGGCCGACCUGCGCCCUGGAGCGGAGUGCAGUUCAGCGGACCCGUUCGUAAUGUCGAGUCCGACGACCCAGCGCUGACACCCGACGAUGCCUGUUAUGAGAACGUGUCGGCUGGCGGACAGGCUGUCUAUCAGAAUUCUCCGCUGAAGUCAGAGGUCAUUUACGACCAGCCGGUGAAGCAGAGACGGAGACGCCGUAAGACGCCCGAGGAACCCCAGCAGCUUUACGAGAACGUGCAGUUCAGCGACCAGACCGGCGGCGAGUACCAGAACACGACUCUGCUCUCCAAGUCGCAGCAGAACCUCUCUGAGCCGGACGCUGUCUACGAGAACGUCGAGAAGGGUGUCGUCUCCGUAUCCGGAAACGGUCUCCUCUCAUCGGGUCAGUAUGACGUUCCACGUACGGCGUCGCACAUCUACGACGCGCCUCAGCGCACGCGCAUCAAGAACGUGCAGCCGGCUGAGUCUGGCGAAUACGACUCACCUCGGCCGACGUACGGACCGGGCCGCUCGGAGCCGCUGCCCACCCGGUCUACACAGAUCGUCCUGAAGGGCGGCAUGGCGGUGCCGGCGGUGGAGCAGGCACAGGAUUGUGAUCGCGACUCACUGGACGGUGACGGAGGCCGGCGGCCCGACAUACCGUCACCAGAUUACGGAAGCGACGGGGACGAUGUCGAUGGAAUCCCCAAUGACUACAUUGGUGAUGAUCAACUGGACGAGGGACUCGGCGAAUCGGACGCCAGGAGCUACUACAACGAAGAUCCAGGUCUGGAGGUGAUUCUGGAGGAGCCGGAGGACGAGUAUGUGACGUCAUCGGAGGAAGAGGAGGAGGAGCAGGAGUCACCCCAGACCCGCUCUCUGCACUCUCUCGAGGGCUCCGAGGGGAUCGGAUCGGCUGAGGGUGACUCGGGCUCCAACGCGUCCGUGGAGUCCAGCAGCGGAGUCCACAGCCCAGGUGGCUCCCCGACCUUGCGCGAGCCGUCCGAGGACCGCGAGGAGAGAAUUCAGAAGGACCGCUGUGUCGAGGUGUACCCGGAGACCAUGCGGCAGCGCAAGCAUGCCAAGAAGCAAAAACAGGUGGACGGCAAACCGUGGUCAGACGCCAGCGAGGCCCCUCGCCGAGCCGACGACUCCUCCAAGACCAUCGACAGCCCGACCAAGAUCAAAAAGCUGCUGCCGUCGGUGAAGGCGCUCAAGUCGCAGUUCGAGUCGGCGGCGCCGCCCCCAGAGGCCCCCCGGCGCUUCAAAGAGAGGUCACCGCCGACAAACAAAAUGGCGACCGAGGUGAAGACUGCUGAGCGUCCUCAGCAGCAGGUGAAGGUCACUGAUCCGGCGCCGGUCAGCAGUCAGCGGGCCAGCCCGGUGUCGGCGGGAGGUCAGAGGUCAUCCGUCGGGUCACCGGCCCGCAGCAGCGGGGGAUCUAAGAAGGUGUACAUCCCGGAUGAUCCUGUGGAGGCCAUCUACGAUAAGUUUGGAGAGGUGGACGAACGCAUGCUGAAACAGAAGAUUACGACACUCUCGUGGGACCCGACCACACUGGUGAGUCGCCUGUACGAUGUGCCGGAGCCUGCCCAGCGUCCCAAAGACCAGGAGAAAGGCUACGUCAACAUCGAGGGCUGGCUGGAGAAGCUGCCGUCGGGCAGGAAGAAAGCCACCUUCUGGAACGCCUGGAAGCGGCGCUACUUCAAGGCCAAGGACGGCUUCCUCUACUACUAUCAGACUAACACCACGGAGAAGCCGAGCAUGGUGCUGCAGCUGAUGGGGGGCCACGUGGAGGCCAUGGAGUCGUCGGUCGUCGGAAUCGACGAUGGGGUGCCUCAAACGCUUCCCAUGAUCGGCCUGGAUGAUGGGAAGGGCCGGUACGUGGUGGUGCGCUGCAACAGCCGCCCGGAGGCCGAGCGGUGGACGCGCGCUCUACUCUCUCACACCGUGGAGGACUACAACGCCACCUACGUGCAGCCGGUGCCCGUGCCGGUCGGCGUCACCACCAGCCGGCGCUGCGUGGUCAUCGACCUGGGCAGCUCGUCCAUCCGCGCCGGAGUCCUUCAUGAGCAGCCCACUCUGCCGCAGCUGUUCUUCCCGGCAGCCAUGGUGACCUCCCGGGACGGCGGAGCGCCGGUGUUCGGCUCCGCAGCCCUCCGACCGGAGGCCCGCGCCGGUGGCACCCUCUCCUUCCCCCUCCGCCCCUCCAGCAAGAUCACCAAGCACUCGGUGGACGUGCAGGCGCUGUCGGGUCUCCUGCAGUUGACGUUCCGCGAGCUGCGCAUCAACCCGUCUGACUACUGCGUGCAGCUGAGCCUGCCGCGCAGCUUCAACACGGCCACACUCGGGGAGAUCCUGCGUCUGCUGUUCGACAAGUUUGGCGCGCAGGGCGUCAACCUGACCCACCAGAGCAUUCUGGCCAUGUGGUCCUACAACGCCACCAGUGGUGUGGUGGUGGAUGUCGGAGACAGGAUGGAUGUGGUGCCCGUUAUUGACGGUUACAUCGUGGAGGGCGGCGUAUCGCGGGUACCAUACGGCGGCGCGCGGAUACAGGACCACCUGCGGCACUUCCUGCUGCAGAAACACUACUCCCUGGUCACGGAGGUGGAGUCGCUGCUGCUGCGCUACGUCAUGGAGCGUCUCUGCUUCGUCUCGGAGCAGUAUGGCGCUGACCUGAGGCAGUUCUCUGAGGAUCCGGCCAGCGUGCAGAAGACCGUCUCCGUGAAGGAGUUCCUUGGAGAGAACGUCUCGUGGAAGCGGAUCACGCUUGACAGCGGCCGGUUCCAGGCCACCGAGGGCCUCUUCAACCCCGACGCCUGGGGCCUGGAUAACAAGGGCGUCCACAAACUCGUCCACAAGGCAGUUCAGGAAUGCAGCGUGGACAUUCGUAAGGAGAUGGUGCGCUCCAUCUACCUGGCCGGCGGGGUGACACUGCUGCCGGGCUUCGCCGAGCGACUGCAGGCCGAGAUGGAUAAGCUGACCCCGCCCUCGGUCACACCCAAGGUACACGCGUCCCCGUACCGGUACCACGCCGCGUACCUGGGAGCCUGUGUACUGGCCGGUUCGGAGGGCUUUCAGCAGGCCAUGGUACCCCGCAGCAGCUGGCUGAAACUCGGCGUGUCUGCGCUCAAAAAGUGGACCGUGUAGCGGCGCAACAGUGCUCUGACCUCCCGGCGUGACGUCAUGAAUUAAUGACGUCACGGAGUGAUGCAGUGACGUCAUCAGGGCGGUGCGUUUUCCGGCCCGCACGGGCUGUCUGUGAUUUUUAUGUCUCCGAGUGUGAGAACUGCGUAUGUGAGGGAAGUGUGAGGUCUGACUGAGGUGGUACAAAUGACUCGACUCCGUCAGCUGCUUUGUGAGAGUCCAGUGGUGAGUCCGACCCGAGUCCAGAGUCGUGUGCUGUGAAGCGUCCCCGCGGCUGUAUAUUCGGGGACAGGUCGUUCGAGGUGCGGAGUUGCAUAAAACUGCCGGUGACAGUUGAACAAAAACCGAAUACUGUAUGUGGAACCCUUCGCCCGCCGGUGACUGGUGCGGUGGUGUUCUGUGCGACGAAUCUGUAACAUUCCUGUUGUGCUGGAGAUGGGCUGAUGGUGAACAGUGGUGCUUGGACGGUGCCCGAGUGGUGACUGGUGACACUCCCCGCUGGUGGUGAGGGUGGCCCUCUCCAGUGGUCACACACUCGAUCGUUUUCUGGUGCCGCCCUCCCGUCAGUGCAGGCCGUUAUUGUUUUGUCGCGUGUCCACGAGAGGUGGACAGCAGCUGCACUGCACAUGUGAAAAGUGUAAGUACUUUUACCUGUAAGAAGUGUUUAUAUUUUCCUGCCUAUGGAUCGCUGCACCCGUUUAAAUGCUUAUGCCAGUUCGUAGACGGUGUUAAUUUAUUUUACAAGUGCCGGUCUGACCAUAAUACAAUGGAUAACCCAGUG